AUGCCCAAGGAAUGGGAGCUCCGCUACGACGCGCUGUUGAACUCGCACUACUACGUCAACCCCUAUGACAACUCCAUCCACUUCGACCUGCCGGAGGAAGUGAAGCGGCCCCGCACCAACUUGUUGGGGCUGAUACGUCGCAAUUCCACUGGUGGCCUCUUGGGCAAGAUCAAGCGGCAGUUUACCCGCCUGCCUCAACGGUCCGGUGUCCCCUCGUCUAGCUCUACCAGACUGCUGACGGUGGAGUGGCUGGUGAAGACGGUGACCCCGCCGACCACCCAGAUGCCCGUGGUCCUCCCGCCCCGACGCUCCCGCUCGUUGCUGACGUAUAAGCUGCUGGUGUCCAAACCCCACUCGAAACUGGUAUCAAAGCUGCCACAGAAGCUGCCCCUCCUGACGCCGCCGCGGGAGCUCUCCCCGGUGCCGCUGUUGUGCUCGUCUACCGUCUCAGGAACUGGCAAUGGCGUCUACGAUGACGUCCUCCUCAUUGAGGCGACGCUCAAUGACGACUGGAGCAUCGACCUGGAGGACUUCGACAUCACGUCCUACGACAUCAGCCACGCCCACAGCUACUACCAGGCGGAACACGACGCGUCCAGCACCGUGCUGAAGCUCCCCGAAGACCGGUUGGAGUUGCGGAUGCUGUUGUGGCUGGAAAUCCAUUAA